UAAAUUAUUGAAGAUACCGAUGUGCAAUGCAAUUAAAGUGACUGUAUGCAAUGUCCUCUAAUUCGUCUUCUGAGUGAUAAUGGCACCAAGACGAGCUGAAGAAAUACAAGUUAGAAGAGUAGCAGCUUUAGGUUGUAAACUACCUAAUCAAUUACCAGCUGGAGAGAUACUGACAGAUAUUACUCAAAACAAAUGGAAAUUGGGUCAUACAAUAGGAUAUGGUGGAUUUGGUGAUAUAUACUUAGCAUCAAAUGACAUUGUGGCUCCAGUUAGAGAAGAUGCAAAAUAUGUGAUAAAAAUUGAACCACAUAACAAUGGUCCAUUGUUUGUUGAAAUGAAUUUUUAUAUAAGAGCAGCUCGCAAACAUAUGAUUGAUAAUUGGUGCAAAUCACAAGGAAAGAGGCGAAUAGGUAUUCCAACAUAUGAGGGAUCAGGUUCUCACAUAUAUCAUGGUCAAAGAUACAGAUUUUUAGUGAUUCCAAGAUAUGGUAUUGACAUUGGAAAAUUAUUUAUAUCAAAUGGGAGAAAAUUACCAAUGAAACUUGUUAACAGGCUAGCUGUUCAAAUGUUGGAUGCACUUGAGUAUAUUCAUAGUCGUGGAUAUGCUCAUGCAGAUGUUAAAGGAUCAAACAUUUUAUUAUCUUUAAGUGAAGAAGGUAUUGCAACAAAAAAAUCUCAAGCUUAUUUAGUCGAUUAUGGGUUAGCUUACCGCUUCCGCACAGGAGCAGGUGUACAUAAACCUUUUGUUCAUGAUGAAAGAAGAGCACAUGAAGGAACAUUAGAAUUUACAUCAAGAGACGCCCAUCAUGGAACACACUCAAGAAGAGGAGAUUUAGAAACAUUAGGAUACAAUAUAUUGCAGUGGUUAUGUGGUAAAUUACCAUGGGAAAAAGAAAAUGAUAGUAUACCAUCAACAAUGAAUCCAGAAGAAGUCCAUGCACAAAAAGAAAUAUUACUUUCAAAUUUAUCUUUACUUAUGCAUAAAUGUUUUCCAUAUAAAAAACCAUCACCUCCAGCUGCUAUUAUAGAAUAUAUGAAAUAUAUUACUGAAUUGGGAUUUGAAACUAAACCCAAUUAUUCCUAUUUACGUAGUUUAUUUCAAUCUGGUCCUAAACAAAAAAGUGAUGUUCCUACAUGUUUGUAUCAUGUAAGGGAAUCUAACGAAAAUAUUUCUUACCCUAUAUCUUUCAAACGACCAUACUUAAGAGAAAGAAAACCUUGUAAGCCUGUUAAUGGCGAGAUACGCGUGACGCGAAAUACACAACUUAAGUGUCCAGUUGAAAGAAGAGAAUUUUGUUGGGAGGCAGUAUUAGCUCUGCAUCCUGAUAAACUCGCAAAAAUUAGUGUGCAACCUCCACCUUCACCCCUUACACCGCCACCAUCUCCUCCACCUCCAUCCUUGCCUACAUAUGCCAUGUUAAAUGUAAUUCAGAAAAUGAAAGAAAAGCAGUCAGGCUCAUUUCGACAUAAAAUAGUUCAUUUAAGAAAAAAAACUUCCUCAACACUUCCUUUAUCUAAAACUUCGCCACGUUUAACACGUUCUCGGGUAGCUCAGUUAAAACGACUUGGGAAUAAAAAAUCCUACAAACAAAUACACAGCAACAAAAGGAGAAAUGGUCCAUCAACAUAAAUAAGACCAAUUUUUUUUUUAAUAUUAUACGUCUUCAUUCCUUGGACAAUGGAAU